AUGUAUUGUUUUCUUCUUUACUCGUCGCUUUUCACAGCGACUCUGGGAUACCGGUUGUUUGAGUAUACUAGUGAGCGCUGUACUGGCUCGAAAGUCGGCCUCCACCGACUCGCUGGACCCAGUGCCUGUGCUCAGCUGAAUAAGGGUGUCGUAUCCUCGCUACUAGUCAAAAUUGAUAACAUCCACGAUGGUCUCCACCAGGUUAAUGUCUACGAAAACGAGGAUUGUACGGGGAGUAUUGUCGGGGCAAUCGCCAGUACCAAUGGUUGUCUAGAUUUUCAUGUUUUCAGUGCCGUCGGGAAGUCUGUUCAAGUGGUUCAUGCUAGAAAGAAACGGGAUACUGCCGACAUAAGAGGUUUUGAGACUGACUCUCUCUAUAACCUUGACGAGGGAAUUGAUGGAGAAAUCCAGGUCCCUAUUAUGCAUGGUGGAUUCAGCCCAGCCCAAAAGUCCUACCACUCAGAAGAUGGGACCUACCUUGAUGAAACCUUCGAUCUUUGGAUUCCGCAUGAGGUUGAUCGACACAGCAUUAUCAAAGACCUGUGGUUUCAUAAGCUUGAUGAAGAACGUCCGUCCAAUCGCCUCAACGAGAACUCGCUCCACGUUCAGGACGCAAGAUAA